GCCCUAAUCGCCCUCUUGCUCAGCUCAAAGGCACCUGGGAAAUUGAUCAAGAAGCUAUUAAACAAUGGAAUGAAAGGUUAAAUGAACUUGAGUGUUUUGAAGCCAACGGUGGCCAUUUACAUAAAAGAUUAGGGAAAGGGUUUACAGAGUUUAGUUGCGACAGUAAACAUGAUGAUUUAACUGCAAUUCUAGAACAAUUUGGAAAUUGGAUUCAAUUAGUAGCAAAGUCGGGUAAUGAAUUACAAAAACAGCAACUUAUCUGGUCAUUAUUGCCAGCGAUUGAGUCAAUAAAACCAUAUUUGCCACAGGAUUUGAUUCAUAGUCGAAUAGAUACAUUUAAGAAACCAAUUCUACCAACUUUAUUAAUAAUUCAGAUAGCAUUUAAAUUAGCAAAAAUAGAUUUAAGUAUUAAAGCAAAAGCAGCAAUUUUAAAAGAAAAAGAAU